CGGGCAGUUACGGGGUGGGCGGCGAGGUGUGUGUACGAGAGAACGAGGCGUCACAAGACAAGUAUCACCCGUGCAGUUUUUUUUUUCUUCCUGUCAUCACGAAAGGAAAGAAACAAACAAGAUGCAGGAAAAGUUAUAUAUCUCUGCAGUCCCAGCCAGCGUGGGCGAGGCGGAAUGGACGGCGCCCAAGACAAAGGCUCUCAGUAUGCGCAUGACUGGAUUCUUCCUUAUUGCGCAGAUGGCGGGGGCUGGCUUCCUCGCCCUGCCCAGAGCCACGGCAGACACAGGCUGGCUUGGCACAAUCAUGAUGCCACUAUUCUGCUGCAGCGUGGCCUUCAUAGGAACUCGGUUAGGGAAGAGCUGGGUCAUUCUUGAGGAGCGGUGGCCAGUGGUAUACAAGGGCGCCGUGAGACAACCGUAUAUGGAUAUUUCAGAGAGGUCACUGGGCAAGGUGGGCAGGAACAUAACAUUGUGGUGCGUGGUGCUUAAUCUCUUUGGGACCACCAAUGUACACCUGAUCCUCAUAUCGGAGAUGCUGGCUGCCGUGGUACAGACAGAGGCCGGGGCGUGCUUCACCAAAUGCCACGCCCUUAUAAUUGUGGCUGCUUGCCUCAUUCCCCUCACUUGGCUAGGCUCUCCCAAGGACUUCUGGCAGGCUUCUAUACUGGCAGUGGUCACAACAGCAGCGGCCGUGUUGGUGAUAGUAGUCCAAAUCUUUCUAGAGGAGGACUUACCCACCCCGACCUACCCCAACCCUACAGUCGUCUCCUUCGCUCGCGGGUUUGGUUCUAUAUUGUUUUCAUUCGGUGGCGCUGCAGUGUUCCCAACCAUUCAGAAUGACAUGGCUGAUCGAUCACAGUUUUGGAAGAGUGUCAUUAUUGGCUUUACCGGUAUCCUCUCUCUGUACCUGCCCGUGGCUCUGGUCGGCUACAUCAAGCUCGGGGAUUCCGUGGAGAGCAACGUUAUAAUGAGUGUUAGCAUGACUCCUGUAGUGAUUGCAGCGAUAGCCAUGGAGAUUGUGAAUCUUAUGUGUACCUUCCUCAUAAGCUCCAACACCGUGUACCAGUCCACUGAGGAGCUGUUGAAUGUGCCUAGACGAUUUGGGCCGGCUCGCUGCAUCGUGAGGGCUGUAAUCGUGGUUCUACAAGUGAUCAUUGGCUUGGCUGUUCCUAACUUUGGCAAGAUCCUUAACCUGAUUGGUGGGUCCCUCAUUACACUGUGUACCUUUGUGCUGCCACCUGUGAUGUACAUGAGGCUAGUGGGGGACAAGAGCAACGAGAACUGGAAGAAAAGGACUAUGCCUCUGUGGGAGAAGAUAUACCUAAUUGAAAUCAUCAUAGUGGGCAUCAUCGGCGGGAUCCUGGCCACUGUCAUCGCUGUGUAUGACGUCAUCGCGGCCUCCUUCGCCGGAAACUGCUUCACUGAAUUUAACAGUUGUCCGCUUAUCGACCAAUAAACGUUUUACUUA